GAGAGCCCUGCAGUGAGUGUGAGCUGCGUACUUGAAUGACAUUGCAACACAUGACCUGCGCAAACUCGACCCUUCGAUUGAGUGGUCAGCGCAAAUUUACUAAAAAUGCGAUGUGCUUAGUAUGAUCUACUGCUUCUGCGGCGUCGCCGUCUGACCGGUCGGGACCGCAGCGAACCAGGUGAACAGUUGCAAGGAGAACAACAGCUACCAGGAUCCAAGCGAUAUUGCCCAGAGAAAGAGCACUCGACCACUGGAGGCGCGCUGAAGCUGAAUAGAUCUAGGAAGGUUUUGGUAUUUGCUGUCCGUAGCUACCGCUGGCAGUUGCUUUCGCUGCAGCAGCUCUGGAAGGAGCUAGUGGAGGCACGCCGCAACGCAGCUCAGAAGAGAUGGGGCGGGGAGAUGAGUGUGAAGGGCCCCCUCUGUCGCAAGACGGGGCUCAACGCGGUACACCCAAAGUUAGGACUAGCAGGGCUUCAACUUCAACAUCCUUCCCGAAAUCGAUACAAUUUUAUUUACCAUUACCUGCAGUUUAUAUUAUUUUUUGCUCAAUUACAAUUACUACUGGCGCCCCGAUCCAAGUACUAGCAGUAGCCACUGGCUCAAGUAAGUAUCCGUUGUCACUAGUAAUAUUUCUUCGCUUGUUCGGCCGUUUUGGUAUUUGUAUCAGCGUGAAUCUGAUACCGGAUAACCGCUGUUAUUUUGUCGAGGAUGAGUGCCGCCUGUCUGCUGUCUGAGGAAGCUUUUUCUUGUGUUUGGCGACCACGUUGUAAUCGUGUAUUAAUGAGGAUCAAGACUAACGCAGCUCGCUGCUAUAAAAGACACUGUGACGAAGAUUAAGUACGUAAAUCGUACCGAGUCAACCAGUUAGAGACGUGUAGCGAGUAAGCCAAUCCUACUGUUGAUUACAAGCAGUCGGCAUGUAAAUAGAUACGAAAUCUCCACUAACGAGGAGGGACGGACGAAAGAAGGCUUGCUCAAUGCGCCUCCGCAAGUGCCAAAGGCUUUCAAGGUUGGGGAGCCGAAGUUGUCACCCUUCGAACUUACUCUGCUCCGCACAACACCGCUCUCGUAUCUCUCUUAAGAAUGAACAAGCUUACUAGCUUUCGAUACCAAGUGUCACUGUGGCACUAUGUGCUUAGCCAAGUGCUGCGCGAAGUGCGUCAAGUUUUGCGCGAGGUGUUUCGCCAAGCGCUGCUCCAAAUGCUGCGCGAAUUGUUGCAGCUAAUCAGUCAAACUUUUGCGAAUAUCUUCGAAAAUGAGACUCGCUAACUUUCGUCGAUAUGGUGGGUGAACACGCAGACAGGAGGCCUCUCGCUUGUCUCGCUCGCUUCACUCCGAUUGCUUCUGGGCAGUCUGCAGUCUUUGGUUUCGUAAGGCAAGGAUAUCUGGUAAGAAUUUAGAGGACUCAUGGUCAUGACUCUGUGAAUUAAACGUCAUAAGCUUUCUUUUUAGUCGUCUGGCGUGAGCGGUCUAAUCAAGUCGGGCUGACAUGGGACGUGCCUUGCCGACUCUAUUGGCGACAGAAAAGACUAGCAAAGCUAUGGCAGGAAAAUAAGUGGGAUUAGAAUAACUAACAAAAUGAAAAUGAUGACUCUUAGUCUAUUGAUUUGUGGGCUUUACUUACAAUGAUGACUCAUAGUCUGUCGAUUUGUGGGCUUUUAUGGUUGUAUUUGCGCUUGUAGUUGUUGUUAGACCCUGAUGCACUACGUGGUCGCCAUGCUCAUGCUAACCCACCCAACUUUUUGCACAUGCAUUCUACUUCCCGUUCGAGGCGCAGUUCUGCUACCACUGCUACUUGAUUUUCGUGCUUAAUAGGUUAGAUGCGUCUAGCUCUAGUACUCGAACUCGAAUUAUUCAGACAACUCCAGAACUAUCGCAUGCUGCGAUACUUUUAGUUCCAAUCAAUAUCUAUUUUUUUCGAUGAACGCCUCUAGCCUUAGUCACGACGAGGAGUUUGCCUAAGGCUAAAGCUACAGUCGUCUGCCUCACAGCCUUGCCAAAGCAAGAGUCUUUCGCCGAUAUUUUUGAGUAAUAUUGUUGACAUUUUUUGAUGGGGGAGGUACUGACAGUGUUAGUAUGUGACACAACAUCCCAAAGCAGGAUCAUUGGGUACAUCUACUACAUCCUUCCUCCGACCUCCUUUCAUAAAGGGCAAAAGUCAUAAAGGGGCAUUUGGCGGACGCCACAACUUCGGAGGUGCGGACAACCACUUCAAUGUUGGCGAGCUCUUUCCACAACAUCACAUGAACCCAUCUUCCGUGGGAAGCAGCCUACUCCACUACCUGACGACCCUCUCCGAACAAGGCGGUGUCGUCUCUUUCUUGCACAAUGCCAAAAAGAGUCUGUCGAGCAGUGCAAACGCACAGUUUGUUCUGGUUGCUACCCUUUAUUUCCUGGCGAACGCUUUUGGCACUUCAAAGCACACUGGAUACUGGCGCAACAACACCGCCAGACGGCUUCCCCUCUUCCGUGCUUUGUGUCACUACUAUCCGCACAGGAACGUGGUGACAUGCGAACUGGAUCCGAAGAAGACCUACUUUUUCGGCAUGCACCCUCAUGGCGUGUUGGCGCUCACAUUGGUUAAGGGUAGUCACUAACACUAUAGUAUUUUUAGAGAGGCUAUUGUAGCUCCUUUAUAUAUAGUUAUAGUAACACUAAUAGUUUUUUUAGUAGUUCUCAGGGUCCUUGGGCUUAGGAUUCGUGGGUCAGUCAACGAGAGCCUCAACCUGCGGGAAAAUACAAUAUUAAAGAGGGCAAGAAGUCGCCUAUUAACCCACUUACUAACCGAGGACCUUAUCCAUUAUGCGAUCUUUCUCCACGACUUUCUUUUCUUAUAUUACCGCCAACGUUUGCUGAAGGAUGCGGAUUGGAGUCCAGACUAUUCCCGGGCCUGCGCAUUCAAGUUUGCACAGUGCCAGCGAUAUUUCUGAUGCCUUACUUAUGAAGCAAGAUGGAACUUUCCGAGAUGACUUCCAGCUAUCGAAGUUCUUACUCAUUGGAUAUGGAUAUCAUGUUAAAGUUAAUAGAGUUAACUAUUAAUUUUUUCCUGCUUUUUGUUCCUGUUUAUUUCGUGUUCUAUUUACAAGGCAACUGAGCCUGAACUUUGACUGGUGUCCGCUUUCUUUGCAUUUUUCAUCAAAGGCGAGUGAGCUUUCGAAGCUGUGUGGUAUGAUCACAAACGACAAACAAAACAUGAUCAAGAACCUCCGGGAAGGCAAGUCCAUCGCGAAUUACGUUGGUGGUGCAGAUGAAGCUCUCGUGUCAGGUGGUGGAAAAAUGCGAGUGAUUAGGAAGAGUUGAUAUACUGCGUCGUACUAAUUCUAAUUGUACUUCUAGUUGUAUCCGGAAGUAUUAGGAAGAGUUUGUCAUCUGUUGUUGUAUUUCAAGCCAGUACAGUGAGACUGAUUCGCCCUUUGCUAGUUUCCCUACUUCACACAAACAGCUUUAGCUGUUCUGUGAUAUUAUUGCGUUUUCACACCAUACACAGAACUUCUGUAGCAAGCUCUGCCCCCCUCGCUUAACUUUGUUAUUUCCCUACUCGCGUCUCUUUCUCAUUACCCUAAGCCCAGUCAUAAUAAAAUAUGGAAGCUUUACUCUAGUGCUUAUCUCAGAGUAGUUUAUAGCACGCAUGGUGCACGGAGUGCAUGGAGUAGCAUGGUGUGCAUGUAGCGCAGAGCUUUAAGGGGCGCAAGAAGCUCCCCCUUUAGCUCCAUGCCCCUCCAUGUGAUCCAUGCACUCCAUGCCAUGCGAGCUGUGAAACCUGGCAAAUUGCUCUGCUAUCUCUUAGUAAUUAGAAGUAGACAUAGGUAACUAACUUUGACUUCGUCUUUCUAACGUCAUCCUGAAGGACCGAAUGGGUUUCGUGCAGACGUGUGUAGAAAGCGGCGCAGACCUCGUGCCAUGUCUAGCUUUUGGGGAGACCGCGCUUUACCGUCAAGUCUUCCACCCGUUGUUGCGACGUGUCCAGAAUCAAAUCUAAGACUACGAACUUUCAAAUCCUAAUUACUUUGACGACUUUAUUUGCUUUUCUGAAAUGAUCUAAGAAAUGCAAGUUUUAUUCUUCGGCACUGUUGACUUUUGCUUUUCUAAGUGAAAAGCUCCACUUCAGCUUAAGUACUUACUUGGAAACAUGAUGAUCAUGAUGAUGCGUCAAGAUUUUUACACUUUCUGAAUUUAUUUCUCUCCAGAGCUGCAGCAAACUUUACAUCUUUUGGCAAUUGAGAGGCUGACUAUAUCUUGUUCAUUGAGAGGGACCAUCAUGAUAUCUCUAACCCAAGGCCAAAAAGCUACCGAUCACGCUUCCUCUGGCUUUCAAUUAUGGACGGACGCCCGUCAAUAAAGUACCCUUGUUAGCAGAGUGCUUUCCUCUCCGUGUGUUUCCACAACUGAUGUCCUCUUCUAUCGUUCUAAACCGAUUGCAGUUCAAAACACUGGAAUCCGAUACGUCCACGUCGCGUACCGACUUACUCUGUCUUUGGUUCACCUGUACCGGUCCAACUUAUGUUCUUGAGGAGCCUCCUAGAGAUAAGUACUUUCUCUCUUACUUGAGAACUCUAGUAAGCAAUGAAUCUAACGUAAGAGCUUAGUAACUCCUCCUCUUCGCUGACAAGAAGUUUUUUAUCUCGUCUUUCCUCUCCUACUCCUAGUAGCUAAGUGAGGAUCAUGAUGUACAUGUACCUUGGAAAAUAGUUCUUGUAGGCCUUCUUUUAGUACAAUCAGCGUCAGUCAGUCAAUCAGCCAGUGAAUCAAUCAGGCUGCCUCCGCAGGUCACCGGCCUCCCCCCCAGCUGUGGCUGUCGCACCUAGUCUACUCUGAAUCAUAUACUUCUCACUCUCUGACUCAACAGAAACAAAGACGAGCCUUCUCUCAGAAAGAGACCACAUUCAUGCACUGCGUUGACCGCAAGCAAAACCCAGAGGGAUUUCGUGCCGCUGUAGCCGACGCACACAAGCGAUACAGUAUGAGCCAUGUUCUUUUUGCGUGAUGAGUCAGUUCUAGCCUCAGACAGAUAGUGUUUGUUUAGAGAAUGGCAAUGUACUUGGGGGGACUUUGGUAUUUCAUCUCGGUCCAUCUGAUGAGUUUUGUAGUGGAGACACCAUACCCGCCUAUGCUGGUGCCUCCCUUGUGUUGCCGUGUUCCCUUACAUGAGUUCGUAUCAUUUCAAUUUCUAACUCAUCUACUACUAGUACUGCUAGGCUCAUAGUCAUACAACAAACUAGUAAGACCAAGAGCACUCUACUGCUAGUACUAGGCUCUCGUCUGUAUAAACAAACUAGUAAGACCAAGAGCACUCUACUACUAGUGCUAGGCUCUCGUCUGUACAAAGAAACUAGUAAGACCAAGAGCACUCUACUACUAGUAGUAGGCUCUCGUCUGUACAAAGAAACUAAGAAUCAAUAAGAUCAUCACGAUGCACACUCUAACGAACUCGAUGCUCUGCGUGCUUUACAUGCAAAGUGGCGCCAUUUGGGCACUGCGGAAGACCAGGAGCUGGAGAUUCUAUCACUUGAGGAGAGCCGACAUCCACAGAUGAUUUUCGAUCUUCGAAAAUUAUGUUGGAGAAUUUUCAAUUUACUUUUACUACUUCCUUUGUCCUAGAAGCUGAAUGUCUUAGUUUCAUUUUUUCGUAGAAGCUUAAAGUUCCCGUAGGUUCAAUUUUUCCUAGCAGAUUGUUUCAUAGCUUAGUUUCCACAGUGCCAGUCUCGAAUGCUGGGUAAGCGGCGCGUCCACUGGUCAUCGAUCAGACCUUGAGAGGACUGCUGGCUUUCUAAUUCUUGGCCAAGAGGAAAUGGAUCGACUGCAGGAGCAAGGCCGAUACGACCUUCGCCACCCAAGAGACAGCAUGGUGCAAGCGAAGUUGUAGAGUUAUAUGCCGGGAAUUGUCGGCCUAGUCCUUCAUCAUUAAAUCACUUUGUUUCUUGUAUGUACAUGCAUGCUGACGCUGAAAACGAACAGGUAAAAAAUCGGAUUAAGUCCCACUACCAAACACAAGAAAGGUAAGCAAUGCUAGUUGACGCGGCAUAUAUUUGUUUUGCAUCCUCCAAGGACAUCAUAUCGUAAAUGAGCUGCUGCAGCAAGAGUAUGAGACUGCUACAAUUUAUUAUGUUUUCGUACUGAUCCUUUUCCUUCGAAGAAGUUUUUUUUUGUUACAACGUGAAGAAAAAUUUAGCUGUAGAAAGUAAAGGGCUUUCAGUGAUGGCAGUUUUGCUGACGCAUAGAGUAUCACGACAUGAUCGUGAUCCGUAGCCCUUCUAUAUAUAAGAAUUGGCGAAGCCCACUAGCACUACGAUUAUUAAAGUCAGGGCGGGAGUCUGAUUGAAUUUUGUUGAUGCGAUUGAAUUUUGUUGAUGCGAUUGAAUUUUGUUGAUACAUCGUCAUGCCAUUGUGAGGUUAUCAUGUUCCAUAGUGUCACAGUCGCCUUUCCAUAGUGCUGUAUAGUAUAGUGCGUAUUUUUGUCGUUUUUCCAUAAUGCUGCGCAUUUCACUUGUUGUGACACCAUAGACAUUUUUCCAUAGUCCUCGUGCUGUGUAGUCUAAUAUCUAUUAUCUUAAGACGUUAAAUAUAAGCUUAAGGCUAAGGUAGGUUCUGCUAGGUGUUUCUUGUAGAUGAUCUGCUACCGAAGAAACUGAUAUAUAUUGAAAAUUUUGAUUGGGUGGAGCAGUAAUGAGCAGCAGACUUUCGAAAUGGCGCUGAUUUAAGGCGCACACUCGGAUUCGUUCAUCCGAGAACACUAUAACUGAGGCAGUCACCCGUGUCCAUUCUAGAUGCUAUGUGUUGAUUUGGCGAUCGGGAUAGAUUCGAAGCGAGUAAUCAGGGGCUUUUGAUGGGC